ACCGUGCAGACUAAAUGGACUAAACUUUUUCAAUAUUGGCGGCUGCUGAACGUUGUUGACCAGUGUUGACCAGUGUUGACGAUGCUGUGCGGUCUUUGGUGGUGUUACUCUGUGUGACUUGUAAAAUCUAUUUUUAAUCAAAUUUACCCUGUAUUCGUCUUUGGCAUCAGGUUCCAACAGCAGUGCUUAAAAUAUCUCUGCAACAUGUCAGAAAAAUCUAGAUAGUUCUUUUAGCCUGAUAAUAUAACGCAGCAUCAGUGCAUUGCUCAGUCGUGAACAGAAUUCAACAAGUACGAGACGAGAUUAGAGAUACAUAACCAAGUUACUCACUUAAUACCUGUGAUUUUAUUUUGGAGCAAUAUAGUGAACAUUAUUGACAUAUUCAACUUGAUCAUUACGUUUAUUUAAUUAUUUGAUAAGAGCACAUACCACGUAUUUAUCAUGACGAAGACUGAUUUGUUGCCACGAGAGUGGAAAGAAAAGGGUAACGAGGCUUUCAAGAAAGGUGAUCUAGAAGAUGCUUUAAGUAGCUAUACAAGUGCGUUACAUCUGGCUAAAGAUGAUGAUGCAGAAAAAGCUGUUUACUAUAAAAAUCGUGCUGCUGUAUAUCUACGCCAACGCGAAUAUGCUAAAGCAGAGAAGGAUUGUGAUGCUGCGUUGAAGAUAUGUCCUAAUGACCCCAAAGCUCUAUUCAGACGAUGUCAAGCAUUGGAAGCUCUAGAGAGAUUUGAAGAGGCAUAUCGUGAUGCUCGAGCCAUUAUUAUCAAUGAUCCUGGUAACAAAGCAAUUCAGCCAAUUGCUGCUCGACUACAUGAAAUCGUACAGGAGCGUCUGAAACAGAAUUCACGAGUUACUGUUAAGGUUGCACAAAUGUUAGAGGUUGCAUUUGACUUGAGCAAAGAGAAUGGUCACCGUGAAACAGCCAUGAACAAUUUAUUGGUGUUAUCGCGUGAGAAAGCUGGAGCUGAGGUUAUGUUCAAGGAAGGGAUAGUGGAAAAAAUUACGAAACUUUUGAAAGUCGAGAAAAAAGAGGAGAUUAUCGUGUCGGCUGUUCGCAUAAUUGCAGAAUUGUGUAAAGACAAUACCGCUCGGACGGAACUAAUUCUGAAGGAUAUUGGGAUUCCCUGGUUUCUAGAGAUGAUCAACAGCAAAAACGUAGAUAGAGUGAACGCGGCGCAAUAUUGUAUACAAAUAGUCUUAAACAGCUACAGUGGUAUGGACACCAAGCCGGAAUCAAAGCCAAACAGUGAAAUGUGCGAAAAAUUCAAAAAGGAAAUUGACACUGUACUCUCUUGUUUGGUGUACAGUGUGACGAGCCGUACAAUCACAGGACUAGCACGAGAUUCUAUAUUGGAAUUGAUAAUGCGAAAUAUUCACUAUACCGCAUUGAACUGGGCAGAGCGUCUGGUUGAAAUUCGCGGCUUACAACGAUUGAUGGAAGUCGCGAGCGAACUCGAGGAGUACAAAUACGAGUCUGCUAUGGAAAUCACACAAUCGACGAGGACAGUGACUAGCGUCUGCCUUGCACGGAUUUAUGAGAACAUGUAUUACGAUGCUGCCAAGGAGAAAUAUAUGAAUGCCAUUGACGAGUACAUAAAGGAUAAGCUACUGACUCCGGACAUAGAGUCGAAGAUUCGCGUAGUUGUCGCGAUAACUACUCUUCUACUGGGUCCACUGGACGUCGGUAACUCUAUAGUCGCGAAAGAAGGCAUCAUGGAGAUGAUUCUAGUUAUGGCGGGUACGGAAGAUCCACUACAGCAAAAAGUGGCCUGCGAGUGCAUUAUUGCAGCAGCUUCGAAAAAGGAUAAGGCCGCUGCAAUUAUCAAUCAAGGUGUUAACAUACUAAAGAAACUGUAUCAAUCUAAGGAUGAUUCGAUUCGCGUGCGAGCUUUAGUGGGUCUCUGUAAAUUGGGAAGCUCAGGUGGUACCGACGCUAAGAUAAGACCAUUCGCAGAUGGAGCGACGAAGAAGUUGGCAGAAGCCUGUCGAAGGUUCCUUAUCAAUCCAAAGAAGCAAAAAGACAUGAGGAAGUGGGCUGUCGAAGGUCUCUCGUAUUUAACGUUUGAUGCCGAGGUGAAAGAAAUGUUAGUUCAGGAUCAGGAAGCUGUUCAGGCGAUGAUCGAGUUGGCUAAAUCGGGUGACCAAUCGGUAGUCUACGGGGUCGUCACCACCUUGGUCAAUCUGUGCAAUGCAUACGACAAACAAGAAAUAAUACCAGAGAUGAUCGAAUUAGCUAAAUUCGCAAAGCACCAUAUCCCUGAGGAUCAUGAGUUGGAUAGUCCAGAGUUCGUUAACAAGAGGCUGUGUCUUUUGGCAAAGGCGGGAGUAACCAGCGCCCUGGUCAGCUUAUCGAAGACAGAAAGUCAGAAUAGCAGGGAACUGAUUGCACGCGUUUUCAAUGGUAUUUGCAGUCAACAUGAUUUGCGGGGUAUCGUCGUCCAACAAGGCGGCGCAAAAGCCCUUUUACCUCUGGCUCUAGAUGGCACUGAUAAGGGUAAGAAACAAGCAGCUCAGGCACUCGCUCGUAUCGGCAUCACCAUUAAUCCGGAAGUCGCCUUUCCGGGACAACGAAUCAUGGAAGUUAUACGGCCAUUUUUGAAUCUGCUCAGUCCUGAGUGUUCCGCCCUCGAAAACUUUGAGGCUCUGAUGGCACUUUGCAACCUAGCCGGUGUCAACGAAAACGUUCGCAGCCGGAUACUCAAAGAGGGAGGUUUCCAGAAGAUCGAACUUUACAUGUACGAGGAGCACGAGAUGCUCAGGAGGGCGGCUGCACAAGUUAUGAACAACUUGUUAAUGUCGGAAGAGGCAGUCAAAUUUUACGAAGGCGAGAACGACAGGGUUAAAUACCUCGUGAUACUUUCUCAGGACGAAGAUGAACAAACGAGCAUCGCAGCAUCGGGUGCACUGGCCAUGUUGACCUCUCUCAGCAACAAGGCAUGUGCAAAGAUUUUCGAAACGACCUCUUGGCUGGAGUCGAUUCAUUUUCUGCUUGCCAAUCCAAAACCUGAAAUACAGCACAGGGGUGUCGUCAUAGUCUUGAACAUGAUGGAAAGUACCAAGGAAGUUGCUAGUAAACUUAUUGAGACGGACGUCAUGGAAAUUCUUAUGGCAUUGUCCAAGAGCGACACAGUAGAGAAUCCUGUGAUCAAGGAGAUUGCCUUGAAGGCGUUAGAGGCUGCUGCUAAGUGGGAUCUUAUUAAGGAAAAUCAGGAAUCCUCCGGUGCAACCACUAGUACCAGUCCUCUGGAAUCUAUUGACUGAACAGUACUUUUAACAUCCUUGAAGCUUCCAAUUCCUGUUAACGUUCAAUAUUGAUUUCUUCGGAAAGAAUGCUAACGGCAAUGAUGAUAUUUGUAUCGUGCGGACUUCUAUUUAAAUCAAGCUGAUUGGUGAUCUAUUUGAAUUUUACAGUGCCAAAACAAAUUUCCUGUUAUGAAGUUUAUUCAUCGGUAUAAUGUUUUUUAUAGGACUAUUUGAAUUGGAUUUUAUUUUUAAAACUGAGACUGCUGACCUUAGACUUUCUCGGGAUCGAUUAUACAUGUACUUAACUUCACAGAUCGUGCCUUGAAAAAAGUCUUUCUAUUUUUUACAUUCGAAAAAUACAGUGCCAUCGAAUAUAAUGUUAGUAAAAUCGGGCCUUUAUAAUUUGAGACUUAGUCUCGCAUUUACUGGUUAUUGUUAAGAAAUAUAAUUAUAUAAUUGUUAAGAAUGUGUGACGUGCUUAUGUUAUGAGAGAAUGAAGUUUAUUUAUUUAUCAGUUA